AUGAAGCCCUGUGAGCUUCAUGGAAUCACACAAAGUGAUUGUUUAUUUAAAUAUAAAAUAAGGUCAGUGAAACAUGUAUAUGGAGGGGAGGGGAAGGGAGAGGGGUCAGGGGAGGGGAGGAGGAAGGAUGAGGGGAAGGGGAGAAUUAGAGAAAGGGAGAGUGGGAUGGAAGCUCCGGAACCCUCCCGAAUCCUCCGGAAUUCCAUGAAGACUCCGGAAUUCCAGAACCCUCCGGGAAUCCCAGAAGCCUCCGGAAUUCCAGAACCCUCCCGGGAAUCCCAGAAGCCUCCGGAAUUCCCAGAACCCUCCGGGAAUCCCAGAAACCUCCGGAAUUCCAGAACCCUCCGGGAAUCCCAGAAGCCUCUGGAAUUCCAUGAAGAACUCCGGAAUUCCAGAACCCUUCGGGAAUCCAGAAGCCUCCGGAAUUCCAGAACCCUUCGGGAAUCCCAGAAUCCUCCGGAAUUCCAUGAAGACUCCGGAAUUCCAGAAAACCCUUCGGGAAUCCCAGAAGCCUCCGGAAUUCCAGAACCCUCCGGGAAUCCCAGAAGCCUCCGGAAUUCCAGAACCCUCCGGGAAUCCCAGAAGCCUCCAGAAUUCCAGAACCCUCCGGGAAUCCCAGAAGCCUCCGGAAUUCCAGAACCCUCCGGGAAUCCCAGAAGCCUUCUGGAAUUCAGAAACCCUCCGGGAAUCCCAGAAGCCUCCGGAAUUCCAGAACCCUCCGGGAAUCCCAGAAGCCUCCGGAAUUCCUAG